AUCGCAUGCCGGCUAGCUGCACGGUAGGUAGAGGCCAAGACUUAAACAAAACAAGACGUGUGGAUUACACAGGGGCCAAAUCCUCUAAAUGGGUGAUCGCUUUAGCGUAGCGGGAUUUCUGUAAACCCUAGGGGGGAGGAAAUACGGGCUUCUACGUCGAUACAUUAGCGAAUUAAUCACAAGUAGCGGGUAACCCAGGAGUCGUUGCCAAUGGCUACCCGUUGUUAGAGCGAGCCCGAUGGUAUCGCCACUCCUCCUCGAUAGACCGAGCACUACAGCAUUCCUAUCGCGGACAAGAAAAAUAGAGGGAUUUCUACAAGUGAACAUUUAUAUUGAAAAACUUGACUGAGUGUGCUUGAAGUGGUCGAAAUGUCACAGGUAGGAUUUUCUCGCCCUGCCACCCAGCUCAGUGGGAGAGUUGGUGUAGGGGUUGGGGUAAGUCUGCCAGAAAUCCAGCACCCUCUUUCCCGAAUGAGCAACCCGGGGAAUAUGGAUGUAAGAGGAGUUUCAAGAGCGGGAGACAGGCCAGGUUCGAACCCAGGCCUCGGUAGGCCUUUAGCGAGUGAAAAUGUCUACCGUUUGAAGAAAAGUACGAGUGCUAUGAGUACUGGAGAACGAAGAGAAAGUCGUCUAAGUUUCAGAAAGGAAGCCAUGGCACCUCAAGACGCCAUUGACACAAUUCCAGAAGGUGUAGAGGUGACCUACGGGAAUCCCGACAAGCCGAGGAUGCCUGUCUUUGGAAGCAGAGCUAGCGUCGCUGACCGAGCGGAAGUUCCCCCAAGCCGUGCCUCCACCAGACUGUCUCGACCAGGCACACAGGCCAGGCUAGAAAUAGAUGAGCUGGAGUCUUUGCUAAAGGAAAAGCUGAAAACCAACUACUAUGAGGUCAGGAAGAGGUUCAAGGACAACGACCCUGAGGGCAAGGGCAACGUGUCAAGAGAGGCUUUCUGUCGUAUACUAAUGCUGGUUCUCAACCGCCCAGUCAGCCAGUCUCAGUUCAACAGACUGAGUGAGAGGGUAGGCCUCAAGAACAAGAGCGUCGUCUCCUUCACGGAGUUCUUCAGCCACUUCAGAGAGGUGCCUGGGGAAUCGGACUAUCCUCAGUGGAUGGAUCCCGUCAACAGGACAGACAGAGUCACCAUGAGUGCUGCAUCUGUCCACAUGCAUCUCAAGGAGAAGGCCAAGCAGAGAUUCCUUGACGUUGCCGACAUGUUCCCCCAGAUGAACCCUGGCGGGUCUGGCCGCAUCCUGAAGCCCGAGUUCAAGCAGCUGCUUAACAAGAUGCUCUUCUUCAUGGAGGAUGACGAGUUUGAUAAACUCUGGAACAGGUAUGACUCUGAGGGCACGGGUGUGGUCCAGGGCGCCAAGUUCCUCAAGUCCCUGGGUAUAGAGUGGAGGAACACUUCCUCGGAGGGGGUGAGGAAAUCCCUGUCGCCCGUCAACGAGGAAGGAGGUGAUUAUGGCGCCCCCGUCUCUGAGCGCCGCACCCCCCGGCGCAAGGAGCAGGAGAGGAAGCAGCAGCUGAACAUAGAGCGCUGGCUCAAGGACAAGUUCAGGGAGGGUUUCUUCCAGAUGAAGGAGUCUUUCGAGGAGCUGGACACCAACAGCACCGGCGUGGUGUCGUUCGACAACUUCCUAGAUGUCCUGAGGCAGUUCGGGCUGAGUCUCGAGAAGCCCCUGCUGGGGUCCUUCCUAGCUCGGUGCAGCGUCCAGGUUGUAGGAAGCGGUGUGCCCUACAGGGAGUUCCUCCACCGGUUCCAGGACCGGAGCGAGAACGGCAUGACCCAUAACAUACUCACCGACAAGAAACACAAGUACAAUCACCCCGGCAGUGUGGACGGUGUCUCCACCGUCAGCGCCAUCGAGGCCCAGCUCAUGAACAUGUUCCAGAGGGACUUCCUGGCGCUCCUCGGCACGUUCAAGUCCAUUGACAAGAUCGGACAGGACAUCAUCAGCCAGGAGGAAUUCCGUGCCGCCAUAGAAAGCCGGUUUAGUCUGGAGCUAACCGACACCCAGUUCGAAGCUUUCACAGACAGAGUACCAAUGGACGAAGAAGGAAACGUCAGAUAUGCAGAGUUCAUGCAGCUCUUUGAUACAAAGGGUAAGGCCCAAAGCCUCUUCCAGGGCAAGCGGAAGACAGUCGAUACCCUGACCAUCCCUCAGCCCGAGCAGUCCCAGUCUCCCCGCCAACCGCUCCACGAGGACGAUUUCGAGGACAACUUCGUCAGGAGGACACCCCAGGAAAUUUUCAAGGUCAUCAAGGACUUGCUGCACCGCAGGUACCAGGAUGUGGAGGCCGCCUUCUAUGACCUGGACGAGACCAACACCAGACGCUUGACCACAGAGAUGAUGCACCAGCUACUAAAGAGAUUCGACAUUCAGCCGGAGGUAUCCCGACGUGAAAUCCGCGACCUCUGGAAGACCUUCAUCACCAACACAGACCGGACUCUCGACUACCUGCAGUUUGUCCGCCAUUUCGGCUUCUCCUUGAGGUCCGCCACCUACCCUAACGCCAAACUGAACCCCCCACGGCGGGGGGAUGCUGACUACAUGCUGAGGUCCAGGAAACUCAACUGUGCAUCUGACAUGCUGCAAGACAGUCUUCGCUCUAAGGUUGACUACAUGUGGGAGGACCUACGACGAGAGUUCGUGAACAUGGACCCAUACAGCACUGGCUUUGUGACCCGGGAGGAGUUUAGGGAUGUUCUGACGGAGCUGUGUGUGCAUCUGAGCAUGAUGGAGCUGGACCAGCUCAGUGAGAGGUUCGACAUCAGACAGGACGGCAGGGUGUCUUACGUUGAGUUCUUGAAGCCAUUUGCCCUGAGAAAGCAGGUCUGGCGUCAUGGAAACAACAUGUUGUCACUACUGCAGCACCCCCAGCCGGAGCUCCCGAUCGCCGAUGUUGUGGAACCCCCUCAACAGGGUCUACACGGUAUCACCGCCAAACUCCGACAGAAGCUGGCGGGUGACUGGAAGAAUCUACGCCGCGCAUUCCGGAAGUUAGACGUGACCGGAAACGGAUAUUUAUCUGUCCCAGAGUUCCGUUCGGUUCUCAAAUUGGCGAAUGUGCUUCUUGACGAAGACGAGGUUUACCACGUGAUGACACAGUUUGAUAGAGACAUGACAGGCAAAAUAUCCUACGACAAAUUCAUUGAUGAAACAUUUAGGCCUGAAACACGACGAAGUGCAAGACGACCAUCUCAAAGUUAAACAGGAAAGGCAUCCAAGUGACACUGAGUGUAUAUAACACAUGUGGAAGUAUUGAUCAGUAUUAAUACUACUAUUGGAUUGCUGUCGACAUCUCAUCAGUAUUGGCUAUCAUACAUGUUGUUUUGUACAGAGCUUCAUUAUUACUAAUCGUGUGUCAACGGGACGGUUACAAUCAUAUUUCAAAGGUAGAUCAUUAUAUUGUAAAAUACUUUGAUUUCAUGAUUUCAAAUAGAAUAUAUCGUUCAAUUAUGAUUUGUCCCUAUUGUAUUCUUUAUAUUUGUUUUGUAUUUAGUGUGUCUGGUUUUGCAAGGAAAAGAAAAAAGAGUCAUUUAGCAAAAUGUCGUGUCAAGUGUUCUUUUAAAGUGGCUCGGAGAGACCGGCAGUCUUAGCAAACUUGAUUCAAGUCUUUGAAACACUUCUUUGCCUUUCCGCUCAGUCACAGUUUAUGCGCCGCAAUUCGCUGUGCAGACUUUUCGUCCUUUGGGCAAGCCAGAAACCUAUGAUUGUGGAUUCGAAUCGACAUUCGUCCUGAUUAUUUUUCUAGGUUUCACAGCACCAUACGUGUUCUUGUGGGUUUCACAAAAGUGGUAAACGCCUGAGACCUGCAUUACUAAGGGCUUUCUUUCACAUUAAGCUGACAACAACCCCUCGAUGUAGCUGGAAGACUGUUCAAAGCGGCGUUAGACAUAAUUCACUUACUCACAGUUUGUGAUGUAUACUAGUCACACAGUUAAGACACCUACCUGAAUAUACAGAGGCAAUGUCUCAGUCUCACACAAGGCACUAAUUACAAUGAUGUGGCCUGGGCUGAAAUGGGAAACAGAUCGUGGAACAUAGUCCCCCUUUAACUUAGGGGUGUUGAAUCUAUAUCCACGACCCCUCUCGCCAAAUACAUUGAUACGCCAAACUAUCAGCGCAAAAGAAUGUAUAUACUUGAAAAUUGAGUUUGUCCACACAAUUACAAACGUUAUCAAAACGUUACAAGGUCGAAAACAGUCGCAGACUUAAGGUCCAAAACACAACUAUAAUACUCGUAUCAAAUACACCACCGUCCAAUAACCAUUUCUUGUUUGUUUCACAUUUAAGCUCCAUCGAACAUGGAUUUAUAUUUUCUUUUGCCCAUCAAUUUAGAUAUGCAAACGUCAGUGCUAUUCAGUGUUUGAUACAUGAUAAUAAUCCCAGAAACGUAUUUUAAAUGUGUUUGAUGUUACCGUUUGCCCAACGUCCUACCUAUAUUUUUAAUAAUUCUCCAGCUGUAAGAUGGUGUUAUUGUAACAGUGUGAUUUUAUUGUGUUCUUUGUGUUAACAUAUGCAUUUUUUGUGAUUUAUACAGAGAACUCCUCAAAGAAACUGUGAUAAUUAUAUUGUUUAUAUUUUAAGUGUGUAGUUUGUGGUUUGUUAAUUGUUAAUCAUCCUUUGCUCAACUUCAUGCCUGACAUCAUCAUAUAUAUUUUGUAAAUCAAGAUAAAUAAACAAUGAAAAAUUGA